AUGCGUCCGGCCUCCCUCGCUGCGGCUCGACGGAUCCCGCGGGGCCUCGCUGGCCCUGCACGGCGCAGUUUCGUUACUUCGGUCCGACGGAGCCAGGCCGAGGAGGAUGCGAUGGCCCGUCUGACGAGUAGUGCACUUCUUCUAAAUGCAGUGAAAACCGGCCGUUUAAUCGACCAAGAUGGCAAGCCUGUCUCUAUCAGUCAAGUUCGACGCCCUCCCAUAAAUGGCCAGCCCGGAUCUCUCGUUCGGAUGGAAAUCGCGAAGCCCGCGGAGGCGUACCUUCACCCGGACAAGUUGAUCUUGUGGGCCGCGGAGCACGGUCGAACGAUUCUGCCCUUGUACUACCUGCGCGACCUCUGCAAGUGUCCUAAAUGCGUGGACCCUCACUCGAAGCAACGGUCUUUCCGGACGAGCGAUAUUCCCAAAGAUGUCCAUCCCCGACUCGUGCGCUGGGAUGGAACACACCUGGAGGUAGAAUGGGCCAAUGAUAUUCCUGGCUAUGAAAAGGGUCAUAGAUCUCGCUGGCAUAUCAACUAUCUCAAGCAACCAAUUCUGGACCCUCAUGAACAAACAUCGCCGAAUAUGAAGCCUCUUCGAUGGACAAGUAAUCUGAUGAAACGGUUACAACAUUGGGUGUCCUAUGAGGAUUACAUGAAAGAUGAUGUCAAAUUCGCUGCAGCUAUGCGCAAUCUGUCUCGUCUCGGUCUUAUCUUUGUUAAAGAUAUCCCCGAUUCACGCGAAAUGGUUGCGAAGAUUGCAACCAGGAUGGGCCCUCUACGAAAUACCUUCUAUGGCGAGACCUGGGACGUGAAGACGGUCCCACAGGCCAAGAACGUCGCAUACACAAACCAGUUCUUGGGUUUCCACAUGGAUCUCAUGUACAUGAACGAACCUCCGGGCUACCAGCUACUCCACUGCUUGGAGAACUCGUGUGACGGAGGCGAGUCCCUGUUCGCCGAUACAUUCCGUGUUGCCAACAUCAUGAAGACCGAGUUCCCUACUGAGUACAAGGCGCUCUCUCUUCGCCAUCUGGGCUACGAGUACGCACACGAUGAGCACAAGUACCACAACACUAGGCCCUUGUUCCAACUCGACCCCAAAACGAAGGAGCUCCGUUACGUCAACUACUCCCCGCCCUUCCAGUCUGCCUUGCCUGAAUAUGAUGGCAAAUUUGGCUCCGGUAUUCGGGGCUAUGUCGAACUCAAGCGGGCAUUGACCCACUUUACCAAGAUCAUGGAGGGUCAUCAUUCAGUUUUCAAGUUGAAAUUAAACCCCGGCGAGUGCGUGAUCUUCAAUAACCGUCGCGUCGUUCAUGCCCGCAAUAAGUUCAACACCAGCACCGGCUCGAGAUGGUUGGCUGGCGCGUACGUGGACGAAGAUGCGCUGUUGUCUCGCUACGCUGUUUGUGGAGAGAAGCAGGCUAUUACGUGGAAGGCUGCUGAUCCAUUCAUGGGUCUUGAUGGGGUCCGCAGAGAGAUCGCGGCGACUUCAGCCCGCGAGGCAAAACUGGCUAUUGCAGAGGCUCGUUUGCAGGAUGGACAGAAGAUUAUCCAAGAGGCCGGGCCUCUUGGAGAUGUUGAUUCGGCUUUGCAGGGACAAGAUGGGGAUCCUCAACCCAUUGAGCAGAGCAAAGUCUCCGAGCUGGGAAACCCUACCUUGUAA